UUUAUCGACAUUAAAAUACUUUUAAAUGUAAAAUAGUUAUAUACUUUAAUUUGUUUAUGAAUGAAUGGUUUCAAAACUCUGCAAGUUUUUGUUUUUGGGGAUGGCUUCUACAUUCACAGCCACUGGAAGUGUUUUAUUUGCAUUCACUCUUGCUAUUGAUUCAUGGAGAACAAAAGAUGUUUAUGAUAAAAACCAAAGCCUAUCCGUUUUGAGUAUUACCCAAGGCAUACUUCACGAAUGUGUCAACAAUGGAACCCGCUUAAAUACGUGCAAAUCAUGGAAAACAGUGGAUGAUCUCAUAGAAUUCCAGGAACUCCUAUUUUCAUUAAUUAUAUCUGCUGCUAUUUGCGGUGGCUUAAGUUUACUUAUUUCGUUCGUUGCGACAACGUCACUAACACCAAAAUUUGUAGCUCCUGUUACGGCUUUGGAAUUUGUUUCAAGUCUUAUCGGCACGACAAUGACAAUAUUCUAUAAUCUAAUAUAUAAAAUAGAACCUUGGUCACUCGGUCCAUCAUACUUUAUUUUGGUUGUAGCAACAUCUUUUAUGAUUUGUGGGCUAGUUAUUCAUUUUUUUAUAGGAGACGUUAAGUUGUUUGGAAAGAAGUUUUGCGUUGAUUCGCCUUUUACAUAUCGCUACACAAAGACAGAAAAUGGCGAGAUGUUGGGGGUCAUUUAAAAAAUAAGAUACAUAGGAGGUUCGACUAGGAACAAUGAGGUGCUAAAAGGUUGCUUCUAUCAAAUAUUUGAUUAUAGCAACUUAUAAGUUACGAAACCGCCGAUCAAAAAAAUAAAUUUAUAAUUUUAAAUUUGAUUACAAUUGUUGUAAAUAUAAAAGAUAAUGACGUAAAUCA